CUUUUCAAAACACCAACUGACACUCACUCCAUUGGUGGAUCACAUUGCAAUUGCAUUGACAACACGUCAGUCAAAUCAGCAACUCUAUCAAUUCAUGAUGGCGACUAUUGUGACAAAACAAACACUUGUUCUCGUCAUCAAAUUAGUAGAAAAGAUUGAUUCUCGUGAAUUCUCUGUCGUCUUCAAGAACACGAAGUUUCACUUUUCGCUCUUGCUAAAUCUGAAAGAAACACUGUCGAGGCUUCUAACUGUAAUUAACGAUGCGGAGGAAAAACUAUUUACCGAUCCUCAUAUGAAAGAAUUGCUGGUUAUGUUGAGAUAUGAUGUUUAUAAAGCUGGCAAAUUACUUGGCAAUGUGCGUUACAAUGUGUAUGAAACCCUAACUUCUAAGGUGCGGAAAAAAUUAUUUAUUCUUUUUCAUCGGAUUUAUUCUAACAAGCAAAAAUUAAUUGAAAGAUUAAGUCUUUCUAAUUAUGUUCCCUUUCGAAAUCUUACAAGCUCUGUAGUGGCUGAUGAAUCUUGUAUUUAUGGAAGAGACGAUGAUCAAAAGUUACUUAAAGGUCUUUUGCUGUCUAGUGAUUCUGAUAGUAAAAUCAGAGUUAUUUCCAUUGUUGGUAUGGUAGGGAUUGGUAAAACAACCCUUGCUAAACUCCUUUACAAUGAUCCCCAAGUAAAGGACAAUUUUGACUUAAAAGUGUGGGCUUAUAUCUCAAAACAUUUUGAUGUUUUGACGGUUAUUAAAACCAUUCUUGAAUCUAUUGCUUCCCAAACAAUCAGUAGUGAUAACAUGGAUUCUCAACCUCUUGAAUCUUUCAUUGCAAAAAGAAAUGACACUAAUGAUGUGAAAACCAUUGACCAGAAUCUUUUAUUAGUGACAUUGCUGCAAAUUUUAAGCACUAAAAAGUUUCUGUUAGUAUUGGAUGACGUUUUGGAUGCAAAAUCUGUCGAUUGGAUAUAUAUGAUGGACAUCUUUAAUGUCGGGAAAAUGGGAAGUAGGAUCAUCAUCACAACACGGAAUGAAAAAGUUGCACUAUCCAUGCAAACUUUUCUUUUUGUCCACUAUAUGAGACCUAUUGGAAGUGAAGAUUGCGGGUUUAUAAUUGCCGCACAUUCUUAUGUAGCAUGUAACUAUAACAACAUUGAUUUUGAAACUAUUUUUGCGGAAAAAUGUGAUGGAUCACCAUUAGCUGCAAUUACACUCGGAAGGGCUUUUCAUCGCAUCACACUUUCUCAACAUUAUGAGCAGAGUUUUGAGCUAGAAUGUAACAUUUUGAGAUUGGCAAAUUAUGAGGUGCGCAAUGCUCUAGAAUCGAGCUACCUUCAUCUUUCGGAUCCUUUACAACGAUGCUUUGCAUAUUGUUCAAUUUUUCCGAAGAAGUCCAUCUUAAAUAAAAAGAUGGUAGUUCAAUUGUGGAUUGCAGAAGGCUUAGUAGAAUUGCCCACAAGUCAACAAAGUUUGGAAAAAGUUGGAGAAGAAUACUUUGAUGUACUAGUGUCAUGGUCGUUGAUACAACGACGAUCUAUCAAUGAUGAGGAAGCAAACUUUGAAAUGCAUAACCUCAUCCAUGAUUUAGCUACAGUGCUUUCAUCAGUUCUACUUGAAAGAGUACAUAGUUUGUCAUACAAUAGAGGGCUAUAUGACUCAUUUAAUAAAUUUGAUAAAGUGGAUGGAUUAAAAUAUCAAAGAACCUUUCUAGCUUUACCAUUACAAGAACAGUUACCUCUUUGUUUACUAUCGAACAAGGUAGUACAUGACUUGCUGCCAACAAUGGAACAGUUACGUGUCUUAUCUUUGUCAAACUACAAGAGUAUAAUUGAGGUUCCCAACUCUAUCGGAAAUUUAUUAUACCUGAGGUACUUAAAUCUUUCUCGCACUAAGAUUGAAAGGUUGCCUUCUGAAACAUGCAAACUUCACAAUCUGCAAUUCUUGUUGUUGUCAGGCUGUAAAAGGCUCACUGAAUUGCCAGAGGACAUCGGAAAAUUGGUUAAUCUACGCCACCUUGACGUUAGUGACACUGCAUUGAGGGAGAUGCCUGUACAAAUAGUCAAACUAGAAAGUCUCCAAAUUUUAUCCGACUUUGUUGUUAGCAAACGUAAUGGUGGAUUGAAGGUUGCAGAACUAGGAAAAUUUCCCCACCUACAUGGAAAACUUUCCAUCUCCCAACUACAAAAUGUUAACGAUCCCUUUGAAGCUUUUCAAGCUGGUAUGAAGAUGAAAGAACAAAUAGACGGGUUAGCUUUAGAAUGGGAUUCUGGGAGCAGUUUUUCAAAUUCACAAAUUCAAAGUGUUGUAUUUGAACAUUUGCAACCCUCAACAAAUUUGAAAAGUCUCACCAUCAAAGGCUAUGGUGGAAUCAACUUUCCAAAUUGGUUGGGUAAUUUUUUAUUUGGCAACAUGAUGUAUUUAAGGAUCUCAAAUUGUGAUAAUUGUAUAUGGCUUCCACCCCUUGGACAAUUAGGUAAUUUGAAAGAACUCAUUAUUGAUUCGAUGCUCUCAAUAAAGAGUGUUGGUACUGAGUUUUAUGGAAGUGAUAGUUCUCCUUCAUUUCAACCAUUUCCCUCGUUAGAGACUCUACACUUUGAGGAUAUGCCUAAUUUGGAGAAGUGGAACAUAAUCGGAGGUACAGCUAUAAAGUUUCCUAGUCUUAAAAGUCUGUUACUAAUUAAGUGUCCAAAAUUGAUAGGAAACAUACCCGACAAACUUCCUUCCUUAAUUGAAUAUGACUUAAGGGAACAUGAUCUGCAAGUGGAGUCAAGACAUUCAUAUGAUAAUGGCAAGAAUAUAACUAUAAUUCCAUUAUCAGAUGUAUUGAGCCAAUUGAUGUUCCCUCCAAAUUCUCUUCAAAAGUUGACCAUAGACGGCUUUCCAUCUCUGACGUCUUUUCCAAGAGAUGGUCUACCAAAAACUUUGAAAUUUCUUAUAAUCAGUAAUUGUGAGAAUCUAGAGUUCCUUCCUAAUGAAUACUUGCACAAUUACUCAUCUCUCGAAGAAUUGAAAAUAUCUUAUAGCUGUAAUUCCAUGAUAUCAUUUACGUUGGGUGCUCUCCCUAUCCUCAAGAGUCUGUUUAUCGAGGGUUGUAAAAAUCUAAAAUCGAUAUUAAUUACAGAAGAUGCGUCGCAAAAAAGUCUCUCGUUUCUUAGAAGCAUCAGAAUAUGGGAUUGUAAUGAGUUUGAGUCAUUUCCCCCAGGUGGAUUAGCCACUCCAAACCUUGUUUAUAUUGCAAUGUGGAAAUGUGAGAAGCUUUGUUCACUGCCACAAGCAAUGAACACUCUAACUGACCUUCAAGAAAUGGAAAUUGAUAAUCUACCAAAUCUUCAAUCUUUUGUCGUAGAUGAUUUACCUAUCAGUUUACAGGUAUUGACUAUUGGCUCUGUUGGAGGGAUUAUGUGGAAUACUGGCCCAACUUGGGAACAUCUCAAUCGCCUGUCGAUGUUGCGAAUUAAAGGUAGUGAUACGGUGAACUUGUUGAUGGUGCCAUUGCUACCGGCAUCUCUCGUGACACUAUGCAUUUGUGGUCUUAAUGAUACAAGAAUUGAUAGGAAGUGGUUUGCAUCUCAAUCGCCUGUCGAUGUUGCGAAUUAA